AUGAUCGAUGAGAUAGAGAGCAAGACAAAAGUUGUCCCAGUAUUAGGAUUAGUAUGGGAUUUAGAAAAAGAUAGUUUGAGUUGCAAGAUCGAAGAAACAUUUAACUUGAGGGAACCUAUUACCAAAAGAAAAGUUUUGUCAAUUACCCAGAAAAUUUUUGAUCCCAUUGGCUUUACUGCACCGAUAACUGUAAUUCCUAAGCUAAUUUUGCAAGAAACAUGGAACGAGAAGAUUAAGUGGGAUGAAGAUCUUCCUCUUCCCCUAAGUGAGCAGUUUGGGACUUGGUUGAACCAAUUGCCUCUGCUAUCUCAGAUUGAAAUUCCUCGUUGGUUAAAUAUUGAUUACGAAAACGAAGAUACCGUAGUGCUCCACGUUUUUUCGGAUGCUAGUAAAAGAGCCUAUGCCACAUGUGCAUUUUUAAGAGCUGAAACCAUCGAAGGUGUAAAGGUUCAGUUAGUAAGUGCGAGAAGUCGAAUAGCCCCUAUUAAGGAACUUACGAUUCCACGGCUUGAACUUCUUUCCUGUCUGAUAGGUGCCAGGCUUGCCAAAACAAUUCUAUCAGAUUUGAAACUUAAGAAUUGUAGAACAGUGUUCUGGAGUGAUUCUUCUACAGCUUUGGGGUGGAUAAGAAGGGAUCAAGCAUGGGGUACGUUUGUUCACAAUCGAGUACAAGAAAUAAGAUCGCUUACCAGAAUAUCUGACUGGAGGCAUGUACCUGGAAGUUUAAACCCAGCGGAUCUCCCAUCGAGAGGAUGUACUAUUGAGCAAUUACAGAAAUCGGCAUGGUGGGAGGGCCCAUCGUGGCUUUACUUACCAGAAGACGAGUGGCCCCAUGUAGAAGAAAAGCCUGAUGAAGAACUUAUAAACAAGGAAAAAAGGAAAACGAUUCUGACUCUUCUAGAUCAUGGAGACAAUUUGGACCGGUACUACAAAUACUUCUCUUCAUAUAGAAAAACCGUGAGAAUGAUCGCUUGGAUUUUCAGGUUUUAUCACAAUUUAAAGAACAAAGAUAAAAACCUCACUCCUGAUGUCUCAGUUGAUGAAUUGGAGAAUGCUGAAAAGGCACUUUGUAGAUUGGUACAGAAAGAAUCAUUUACAGGCAUAAACGAUCCCGCCAUUCGUGCGCUGAGACCAAUCGUAGACCAAAAUGGAAUUUUAAGAGCCAAAACGAACGUCCUACAGCGUCAAGAUAAUGAAAAUUUCCGAUAUCCUAUCAUUUUACCUUCAAAACAUAUUCUUGUUGAGAGACUAAUUUACGAGAAACAUCUAGAACUCCAGCAUGCUGGUGUCAGCACUUUAAUGACAAAUCUUAGAGAAAACUUUUGGAUAUUAAAAUCCAGAAAAAGUAUUCGAAAUAUUAUCAGAAAAUGUGUAAGAUGUAAAAGAUUUGUUUCACAAAGAGUGGAAGUCGAGCCAGGAUUUCCACCCGAAGAUCGAGUCAGAGAAGGGGCGACUUUUGAAGUCGUCGGUGUAGAUCUAGCGGGUCCUCUCUAUCUCCGUGAGGGGUCUAAAGCGUGGAUAGUCUUGUAUACAUGUGCCAUUUAUAGAGCCAUUCACCUCGAACUAGUUACUUCUCUCUAUCUACAGAAACUUUCAUCCAAUCUUUACGUAGAUUCAUUGCCAGAAGAGGUAGACCUUAUGUGA